CUGUGCGGCCCAAUUGUGGCAGAAGCCCGUGAGAAGACUUAAUGUCUCUCUUGCACGAGCGUGUUGACGAAGACAUAUCUUUCGUUCAGACAGUCGCGAGAAAGAGAAAGCCUAGGGCUCUUCCAGCAGCUAAGGAGAAGAGUGGAAUGGCGUGCUUCCAGUGCAUGGAUGUUCGGGAAGAGACGCAACCGGCACAAAGACUUCGUCGGAGCAGAGUCUAUUGCCAAACUGAAAACAAAGGCCAACUCAGAAUCUAAUACCACAGUAAUCUCUUCCCUCCAGUCAUUAUCAGCACUUGUUUGGAGAUCCAUAACUCGUGAGCGCUCCCCACCUUCUGACCAGAAAACAACUUUCAGAUUAGCCGCAGAUUGUCGAUCAAGAAUGAAGCCGCCUUUGGCAGAAGAAUACUUUGGAAACUGCGUUCAUGCAGCGAGUGCAGAAGCGACAACAAGGGAAUUACUUGAGAAUGGUAUAGGAUGGGCAGCAUGGAAGUUGCAUCUGGCUGUUACAAACCUUAACGAUAGAAGGGUGCUAGAAGUUCUGGAAUACUGGUUAUAUUCUCCAUUCAUAGAUCAAAUGGGUCGUUUACAUGAACCAUACAACUUGGUGAUGAGUGGUUCGCCCAGGUUCAACAUUUAUGGGUGUGAAUUUGGAAUGGGUAAAGCGGUGGCUGUUAGAAGUGGCUAUGAUGAAUAUUUUGAUGGGACGAUGUGGACAUACCCAGGGCGUGAAGGAGGGAGCAUUGAUUUGGAACUUUGCCUUUUGCCACAGACAAUGACUGCUUUGGAAUCAGACGAAGAGUUCAUGAAUGCAGUUACUGAGUUUGAUCCCCUGUUGUUCUAGUUUCCUAAUACGCCCAUUAUGUUCACCACCUUCACUUGUUUGUUUGAAUUAGUAAUCAAACAAACACCUAUGGUGUUGAUUUCACUUUGAGAUUUAUCUGGCUGCAAUUAUCUUAUAAUUGGGGAAAUGUUUUUCUUGAUCCCAUUGAUGCUGAUAAAAACAGAUGAACAGGGUAAUGGAAAAAUUUGUUAAUAACGACGUAUGUGGACGAGAUGCUCCUUAACAUAACCCAUUUUUUUUCUGUCAUAAUCAAAUAACAUAAUCGGGUAUUGAAUUAAAAUAGGAAUUAAAUUAUUCCACAAAGAAUAAUAAAAUAAAUUUAAGAUGGUUAUAUAAAAAUAGUUAUAAAAUAUAUGUAUGUUUGAGAAGUUGGUUGACAUUGGUGGUGAGAUUUUCU